AUUUAUGACAUUCUUGUUCUCUAAAUCAUAAACACUUGAAGCAUACCUUAAGUAUCUCUCUUGACACAGUACAUGCAGAAGUAAUACUGACGGCUUAAGAAGACCAUGGGGGAUUUUGUGGGUCAUUUCUUGGGAGGUAUACAACAUGGACCAGGUCUAAACAAGAGCGGAGUGGACCAUAUUAGUAAAAUAUUGGCCUCUCCUGCGAAAGAGUACAUUGUGCAUAACUGGAGGAAGAAUUCUCAUUCUUAUACACGAAUGAAUGCAACGGACUCGGUGAGGACUGACAAAAAUCUAUCUCAUGUUAACAUUACAGGUAUGACAUUUCUGGAUGCUCCGGACAACCAGCCCAGUGCCAUCAUUAUAACAAUGUCGUUGGUGCUGAUAGGGCUCGCUUUAAUCUCGAUUGUACUGUUCUUCGUUACAUUUUGGAGUACAAUAGUUUCCAAAACAUCACGCUUUUGGCAGGCAAAAGUGUCAUUAGGCCGAUCUAACACACAGAACCGGCAAUCUGUUAUUGAUAUCGAGGAUGAGUACACAGGUUAUUGCACAGUUGCCAUCGAAGAGACACGUAACAGUAUAGCAGGAGAUAGUCAGAGACUGAGUGACACCGGAGAACAACACUACAAUUACAGCCAUUUGAAACGUAACUAUGGUAACAGGACAAACAGUGACGAAAGGGGAAGUGAAAAUAACUAUGACACAGUGGAAAUUACCAAGAGUAUAAAUAAAGUUUAUGCAAUAGGAGAGGAUAAAUACCCGGAUAAAAUUGGUUUUUCCCCUGACAUGUAUGUUAUUAGCCAUUUUCCUGAAGUAUUUUAGGGCUGAGUGAGGUAAUAAUUGACUCAAGGCAAGGAAAGUGUGAAUAUGCUUCAAUGCAAAUUCCAAGUAAAGAAUACGUAUUUGUAUGUAGAUCUGUGCAAAGUGGUUUAUAAAGAAUCAAAAUUUUAUUAUGAAAUUAUUUUCACUCUGCAUUUCUUUAACUUUGUUAACUGAACAAAAUAUAGAGAAAUACAUAAACAAUGUACAUGUAAAACUUAUACGGUACCAAUUUUCAUGCACCAGAUGCGCAUUUCGACAAAUAAUGUCUCUUACAUAUACAAAUAUCAUAUACAAUGUAUCUUAUUUAAAAUUUGGAAUUUAUGAGAUUGAUCACUGUCCGUUACAUGAAAAAGUGAAGAUAACGAACAUUGUAUCGCCAUAUUUUUCAUGUAACAAUGUGUAGCGCUGUUUACUUACAAUUUGAUGAAAUCCAGUGAAUUACAUUUUGGUAUUCAUAUAUUUUCUUUUGUUAGAAAUGUACAUAAAUGUAUUAUUGUGGUAAUUUUAUGAAAUGUUAAAUAACUGCAUUCGUAAUUGAUGCCACUGGUCUAUACAACAUGAUGGUGUGACAAUAUAUAACUGAGUAUGAAAAUGAUAAUAAUAAAAUCAGGCUGUAUAUUUUGAAUCGGAGAAGUUGGGUUCACUAAGUCUAGACUGAUGUGUUAUAAGCAUGUGGAAUUUUCUGAUAUAACACAUGUUUGUGUGAUAGUCUAGAGUGUUUCUUUAGUAUUAACUUUGAGCCGGAAGUAAACGAUGUGAGACAGGAAAGGUGGUCCCGUUCGAUAUGAUUCAGAUACAAAAAUAACACAUAAUAUACGCACAAUAACCAAGUCAUGUUACGCUAUUGUUUUUAUAAUACUUUAACACUGGAGCUGUUCUGUUGAUGAUGAGCUCAAAGGACUACAUUGGAUAUGCACUUCGAAGUCCCAGCCAUAAGACGUCGGGGUCGGAUUAUAGUAGUUUAAGCCUUUCACAGCCGUUCGUCAAAGAACAAAAACCCAAGGACAUGAACAGGGAUGAUAAUCUACAAUUCAACGGAACACCGAACAACACAUUGACAAACAAUGGAACAAGAACAACGCCACUUCCUAUCACUACUACCUACAGUCCGCAAAGUGUUGGAUUCCUGGCAGUGGCGAUUCCCCUCCUGAUAACAGGAGUAAUUGCUAUCCUCAUUCUCAUUCUCGUGUGCAUCCGCUGUAAAAGGAAAAGGGAAGGUUAUUAUGACGAAGCGUAUGACUUCUCCCUGGUGGACCAGUCUAUACAGGCAAAUCAAUCUUCAAUCAUAGGUCAUACAGUAUUGAUGGCACAUGGAACGGAAUAUCACGAAAUCGGUGACACAGAGGAACCCCCACACCAAAUGGAAGACAAUCAAAAUGGCGUCCUGAGAUUCUCUGAUGAUUUACAUCAAGAUGGAAAAGUCCCAGAUGCAGAGGACGCUGGUGAUAUACAUCUUGAAAAGUCAAAAUCGUGUCCGCUAUCAAACGCUUAUAUCAAUGACUAUUUUGUCGUAGAUAGUUUGAAACAAUCGCCUUAUUUUGUAUUAGAACCAUGCAAGGAACCUAGAUAUGUAAAUGAAAGGUGAACAAUGAGGAUGUUCCUGGGAAAUUGAAGGAACUCGGGUGAUAUAAGUUUCAGAUGCAGUGAGAGCGACACAGACUUCUUAUUUAUCAUAAUCAUCAAUAUAUGGGCCUUCGUAAUAAAACCCUUUAUUUUUGUGAUAUAACAAUAUAUUGCGAGUUGUUUAGUGGGUGGUGACGUUUCAUCAAACGUUUAUUUUGUAAUGACAAAGUAUAACACAUAUGUAAAUGUUAAUUGCUAUCAUUGAUUGUUGUUUAAUAUUCCAGAGAUGUGGAAAUGGCGGAUCAUCCGUCCGGCGAUUCCUUUACAACAGCCCAGUGUACAUAAACAUUGCAAACAGUUUUGAAUUGGGCGUAUUGAAGGUUUCUCGUUAAGGGUGGAUUCCUGUUAUAAUCCAAUUUCAGACCAUUUUAUUAAUAUCAUAUUCACAUGUCUAUCCUCCAGUAUCAAAGCGUUUUGAUCGUAGAUACGUGAAUACAUUAUUCUUUCUUACUUAAAUUUAUGACACGCUAAAAUGCCGUCUUGGGAACCGAAAUUCUAUGGGACUCUACAUGUAUUUUCGAAUUACCACAUAAAAUAAAAUUCGACUCCCCUUUGAUAUAGACCUCUGCUUGACUGAUACAAAGUUUUAAAAGUUGGAAAGGAGGGGGCUAAAAGUUGGAAAGGAGGGGGCUAAAAGUUGGAAAGGGGGUUGGGUGAGUAAGCACAAAGUACAUAUCGGAAGUUGAUUAAAUACCAUUGUGCAAUUAGUUUUCAGACCCGAGGGUUACAGUCUGGGGAAAUACAAUAAACGAGGAGUGGGGUCGCCGGCGUUGGAUCCGCCUUUGGGCAUAAAUGCAUUGUUUGAAGAAGCUGGUGUCUGAGAAAGUUGAAAGCAGGAAGAGCUCUUAACCUCUUAUUUUAUCUCUAACUGCUGAAGUGCAAAUACUUUCAAUAAGGGAACAAAUUAAAUAGUAUACCAUAUUA